AUGCGCUCCUUCGUUGCCGUCCUCGCUCUUUUCGCCGCGCUUGCCAGCCAAGCUAUCGCCUUUCAGGUUACGUUCAACAAGGCGAACAUCUCGCUUCCUCAACUGGUUACCUUCCAGCAAGGCGAUGUCCCGUCCACGUGCACGAGCCAAUGCACCAAUGCUAGCAGCAUUGCGACCAACUGCAACGAAGACAACUCCUGCUUGUGCUCGAACGCGACCGUGAUGGCGGUCACCAUGUGCGAGCAAUGUCUCUUCAACGACCUCAUCAAGCGCAACGUGCCCCAGCCGCACCCCAACGUCGGCUCUACGCCCGCCCUCACCGCAUACAGUACUGCCUGCAGCUCGGUCGGUAUCAACGGCACCGCCGCCCUCGCCGCCCUCGUCCUCCCCUCCGACUGGAACGGCCCCGUCUCUCUUGGCCUCGGGCUCGUCGGCGGCAUCUUCGCGGUCGGUUUCGGCGGCAUCAUCGGGAUCGCGUCGCUCCUCAUCUUGUGCAACCUCUGA